UGGCAUCGUCACUCCUAUCUAAUUUAUUUUCACUAUAAAUACACUUGUACUACACACACCCCAUCCAACAAACUCUCUCUCUCCUCUCUCACUCUAGAGAGGACACAUUUUAGGGUUUCUCCGUUCGUGUUCUUCCUCUUUUUCGCUACAAAUUAGGAACUAGACAUGGAUUCACAUGAAAACGAUGGUAAUGGAGUAGCCAGUGAGGAGGCCCUACCUCCUCCUCCACCUGUUCCAGAGGAUGUGGUCCCUGAACAAGCUCCUGAACCCGCUAAGAAGAAGGUGAUGCGCGUGCCUAUGGCACGUCGCGGGUUAGCCACCAAGGGCCAGAAGAUUCAGCUUUUGACUAAUCACUUCAAAGUCAAUGUGUCUAAUGUUGAAGGGCACUUCUUUCACUACAGUGUUGCUUUGUUUUAUGAAGAUGGCCGCCCAGUGGAUGGAAAAGGUGUAGGACGAAAGGUUCUUGAUCGAGUUCAUGAAACAUAUGGUAGUGAAUUAGCAGGAAAAGAAUUUGCUUAUGAUGGCGAGAAAAGUUUGUUCACCAUUGGCUCACUUCCAAGGAACAAGCAUGAGUUCACUGUCGUCUUGGAGGAUGUUACAUCAAACAGAAAUAACGGAAACGCUAGCCCUGAAAAUGAAGACAGAAAAAGAAUGCGUCGCCAGUAUCAAUCAAAAACAUUCAAAGUGGAGUUGAGUUUUGCAGCCAAGAUUCCUAUGCAAUCGAUUGCACAGGCUCUACGUGGUCAAGAAUCAGAGAAUUCUCAAGAAGCACUAAGAGUUCUUGACAUUAUCCUCAGGCAACAUGCUGCGAAGAAAGGCUGUCUACUUGUUCGACAAUCGUUCUUCCACAAUGACGUGAAAAACUUUGCAGAUGUUGGCGGUGGUGUUCUGGGUUGUAGAGGAUUCCAUUCUAGUUUUCGUACUUCUCAGGGUGGUCUUUCCCUGAAUAUCGAUGUAUCUACCACCAUGAUCAUCCAGCCUGGGCCAGUGGUGGAUUUUCUUAUCAACAACCAAAAUGUGAAAGAUCCGUACUCAAUUGACUGGGCUAAGGCAAAGCGGACCCUAAAAAACCUUAGGGUGAAGGCCAGCCCGACUAAUACAGAGUACAAGAUUACUGGUCUGAGCGAGAAGCCGUGCAACGAACAACUGUUUUCGUUGAAACAAAAGACCAAAGAUGAGAACGGGGAACCUGAAACAUUAGAAGUCACUGUUUAUGAUUAUUUUGUGAACUACCGGAAGAUUGAUUUACGUUAUUCUGGUGAACUUCCAUGCAUCAAUGUUGGGAGGCCGAAGCGACCAACAUACAUCCCCCUUGAGCUGUGUUCAUUGGUGUCGUUACAACGAUAUACAAAGUCCCUAACUACUCUGCAACGGUCUUCAUUGGUUGAGAAAUCAAGGCAGAAGCCUCAAGAGCGAAUGCGGGUUUUGAGCGAUGCAUUGAAGCUCAAUGACUAUGAUUCUGAGCCUUUGUUGAAGUCCUGUGGCAUCUCAAUAAAUAGCAAUUUUACACAAGUUGACGGACGUGUUCUACAAGCCCCAAAGCUGAAGGCGGGGGGCGGAGAAGACUUCUUUGCACGGAAUGGACGGUGGAAUUUUAACAAUAGGAAAUUUGUGGAUCCCACCAAAAUCGAGAAGUGGGCGGUGGCUAACUUUUCUGCACGAUGUGACAUUCGCAAUCUUGUUAAGGAUUUGAUCAAAUGUGGAGGAAUGAAGGGAAUUAAAAUUGAUGAGCCGUUUGAUGUGUUUGAAGAAAGCCCCCAGAACAGGCGGGCCCCACCUGUUGUUAGGGUCGAGAAGAUGUUCGAUUUUAUCCAGUCAAAACUUCCUGGUGCCCCACAGUUCCUUCUUUGCUUGCUCCCUGAGAGGAAGAAUUCUGACCUUUAUGGUCCCUGGAAGAAAAAAUGUCUUGCCGACUUUGGAAUUGUGACACAGUGUAUUGCACCCAUGCGGGUUAACGAUCAGUAUUUGACCAAUGUUCUUCUUAAGAUAAAUGCCAAGCUUGGAGGUUUGAAUUCUAUGUUAGCAGUGGAGCACACACCGUCAAUUCCAUUGGUGUCAAAGGCUCCAACAAUUAUUCUGGGAAUGGAUGUAUCACAUGGUUCUCCAGGCCAAUCUGAUAUCCCGUCUAUUGCUGCUGUGGUUAGUUCUAGGCACUGGCCUCUAAUCUCUCGCUACCGAGCCUCUGUAAGAACUCAGUCUCCCAAAGUGGAGAUGAUCGACUCCCUUUUCAAGAAGGUUUCAGACUCCCAAGAUGAUGGGAUCAUGAGGGAGUUACUUCUUGACUUCUAUGUGAGCUCAGGUAAAAGAAAGCCUGAUCAGAUCAUCAUUUUCAGGGACGGUGUGAGCGAGUCCCAGUUCAAUCAAGUUCUCAACAUUGAGCUUGAUCAGAUCAUCGAGGCCUGCAAGUUUCUGGACGAGAAUUGGUGCCCCAAGUUCCUUGUGAUCAUUGCUCAGAAAAACCACCAUACCAAGUUCUUCCAGCCUGGGUCCCCUGACAACGUUCCACCCGGUACUGUGAUCGACAACAAAGUGUGCCAUCCCAGGAACAAUGAUUUCUACAUGUGCGCACAUGCAGGAAUGAUAGGCACAACUAGACCGACACACUACCAUAUUUUGUAUGAUGAAAUCGGCUUCUCAGCGGAUGAUUUGCAGGAGCUUGUUCAUAAUCUAUCUUAUGUUUACCAGCGCAGUACUACGGCAAUAUCCGUAGUUGCGCCUAUUUGCUAUGCUCAUCUUGCUGCUACUCAGGUGGGCCAGUUCAUGAAGUUUGAGGACCGCUCCGAAACUAGCUCCUCCCAUGGUGGAACGGGAGUGACAUCAGCGGGUGCGGUGCCUGUCCCUCAGCUCCCGAGGCUGCAGGAGAAUGUGUCCAACUCGAUGUUCUUUUGUUGAGAACGCGAGACUUUUAGUAAUGGUGUUAUGUUGUUUUGGUACUUUAUGGUAUGUAUGCAUUAGGAUUUCUGGUAAAAGUCGUUAUCUAUGUAUGAAUGUUUAGGAUGCUGGUUAUCAUGAUGUUUGCUUGAAGUUAGGUUUGUUUUAUGACUUGAAACUCGUUUUUUGUGCUACAUUAGAUGAAACUUUGUGAUGUUAGUAAUAUAAGUAAUGUUUGUCCUA